CCAGCCAGAUCAACCCAGAGAGCCUCUGAUCGCAGCACAACCUUGGACUUAUUUCAAGGGAAAUUAACCCGGAAGCCCCUCCGCGAGGCCGUGAUCCUGAGCGUAUGCCCCUGGAAAAGCUAGGGAUGAGCACCUCCCUGAGCUACAAGUCCUUCUCCAAAGAGCAGCAAACCAUGGACAACCUGGAGAAACAGCUGAUUUGCCCCAUCUGCCUGGAGAUGUUCACCAAGCCCGUGGUCAUCCUGCCCUGCCAGCACAACCUCUGUCGGAAAUGCGCCAGCGACAUUUUCCAGGCCUCCAACCCCUACCUGCCGACCAGGGGAGGCACAACCGUGGCGUCGGGAGGCCGCUUUCGCUGUCCCUCCUGCAGGCACGAGGUGGUCCUCGACCGGCACGGUGUCUAUGGGCUGCAGAGGAACCUGCUGGUGGAGAACAUCAUCGACAUCUACAAGCAGGAGUCCACAAGACCCGAAAGGAAGUGUGACCAGCCAAUGUGCGAAGAACAUGAAGAUGAGAGAAUUAAUAUCUACUGUUUGAACUGUGAAAUGCCCACCUGCUCCUUGUGCAAAGUCUUUGGUGCCCACAAAGACUGUCAAGUUGCUCCUCUCACAAACGUUUACCAGCGACAGAAGUCCGAGCUGAGUGAUGGCAUUGCAGUCCUGGUGGGGACCAAUGACAGAGUGCAAGGGAUAGUCACGCAGCUGGAGGAGACCUGCAAGACAGUUGAGGAAUGCUGCAGACGACAGAAAGAGCAGCUGUGUGAAAAAUUUGAUUAUCUCUAUUCUGUACUGGAAGAAAGAAAGAAUGAGAUGACACAAAUAAUCACUAGAACCCAAGAGGAGAAACUGGAACACGUCCGCUCCCUGAUGAAGAAGUACGCAGAUCAUUUGGAAGCGGUGUCAAAGCUGGUUGAAUCAGGAAUCCAGUUCAUGGAAGAACCAGAAAUGGCUGUGUUUUUGCAGAAUGCCAAAACAUUGCUACAAAAGAUUACCGAAGCAUCUAAGGGAUUUCAAAUGGAAAAAAUAGAGGACGGGUAUGAAAAUAUGAACCAAUUCACAGUGAACCUCAGUAGAGAAGAAAAGAUAAUACGAGAAAUUGAUUUUGACAGAGAGGAGGAGGGAGAAGAGGAAGAGGAAGAGACAGUAGAUGGUGAAGAUUUGGAUGAAGUCCACACUGAGACAUCAGGAGAGGAGGAGGAGGAGGAAGAGGUGGAGGAGGAAGGGGCUGAGAAAGCAUCACAGCCACCUCAGCAGAACCCCGAACCGCAGAGCACAGUGGGAGAGCCCCCAGCCGAACCCGCUCUGGUGCCACAGCUGGCCGAACCUGCUCUGGUGCCACAGCCUGCCGCACCAGCUGGUCAGGAUGAGGUUGUGACACCAAGUGGUUCUCAACAGACCCCAGAGUCUGACACUCAAGUGCCGGCCACAGCAGAAACCAUCGAUCCCUUGUUUUACCCUAGCUGGUAUAAGGCUCAGUCACGGCAAUCAAGCAGUUCAAGCUCAACCCCAGUGAGUGGGUUGGGGAAAGUAGGGCCUCCUGUUUCUCUGGAAACAAGUGCAAAGAAGGCAGAAGCCCCAGCAGCGCCAGCGAUCGAGGAGAGUGCACCGGGGAGUGGUAAGGAAAGUAAUGCCACUGCAGCAACAUCCAAGACUGGUUCUGAGCCAUCCCCUCAAGGACGAGUGGAGGAAACUCCCGUGAGCAAUGAGAGGGGUGACGAGCCGGCUCGUCAUGUCUUCUCCUUCUCCUGGUUGAACUCACUGAAUGAAUGA